AUUGUAUUUAUAUUCAGUUAUUCUGUGCUGUGAACAAAGUAAAUAAGUAAGCAACGACAUAUUGUUUUCCGUUUCUAAUCAAUCAUGAAUUGCAAGAAGUGUGAAUCUCCAGGAACUGUAGUUUUACGGCAAAAGGAUCACUACUGUGAAAAUUGUUUUACAACUGGCAUUAAUCACAAAUUUCGAGCCAUUAUUGGAAAAAAUAGAGCCAUACCACCAAAUGAACAAGUGUUGGUUUGUUUAUCGGGUGGGCCUAGCUCGACUGUACUGUUGGAUAUGGUUUUUAAUGGAAUCUCUAUGAGUAAUCAUAAGAAAUUAAGGAUUACACCUUGUUUUGUGCAUUUGAUAGAUAGUGUCCAUGAUAAAAAUGCUGACAAAACUGCAAGUAUAGUUAUAAACCAAUGUAAACAAUAUGACUUCCAAGUCUAUGUAAUUCAUUUGUCAGAAUAUGUUCAGGCUCACACAAACUUACCAGAAGCUAACUGGGUGCCUGCUAAUAAGAAUGAAGUGGAAUUUCAAGCAAUGCUGAGUAGUAUGCCUAUUACAGUCAGAAAUGAUUAUAUCAUGAAAAUAAGAUCUAACUUACUUGUAAGAGUAGCAGAACAAUUGCAGUGCAAUUAUAUUUUCACAGCUGAAACGACAGCCACUUUAGCUAUAAAUUUGCUGUCAAACCUUACCAUGGGUCGGGGAGAACAAGUUCAGGAUGAUGUUAGUUUUUAUGACGGAAGAAAUGAUAGCAUCAAAAUAUUGCGACCAAUGAAGGACAUUAGUAAGGAGGAACUGAAUUAUUAUAUCAAAAUUAAAAACUUACAUCCAGCUAACCAAAGCAUUUUCCAACAAAACAGCCUGCAGUCCGUAAUUGGGUCAUUUGUUACUGAAUUGCAAGACAGCUUUCCAGCCACAAUUUCAACUAUUUGCAAAACUGCUGACAAAAUUGGAACUUAUAACAAUAACCAAUCAAAUGAAAAGUGUGUUCUGUGCAAGAGCAUCCUGAGGACAAAAAGCACAAAGUUAACCGCUCUGGAAGCAACUAACUUUUCACGAGUAGUGUCCCUUCAAAGCCCUAGUAAUGCAGACUUCAAGAAAAUCGAGCAUCAAGCAAACUACAGUAAUGAGAAAUCCAUGUUUCCUUAUGUCAAUGAUUGUCUAUGUUAUGGUUGUAGCAGAAAUUAUUUAGAAAUUAACAAUUCAACGUUACCUCAGUAUAUUCAUGAUGCUAUUCAGAGUAUUACCUAGUGCUUGUUCAAUUAACUUGCUCGAUAACAACAUUCAAUCAUGGCGAGGCAUUGAGUUGAGAGGAA